AUGACUAAUCCGCAAAACGAAUCCAAUAAUCCGGCCAUAGAACACCAAUUGACAAGAACGGAAGAAAUAGCGAGCUCGACGCCUGCUGACGGAUUUUCUUCAGCCGCAACAUUCGUAGAUGCUUCUGAUAAUCAUCACCGCAACGCUGAGGAGCCGGAUGCCAAGGCUACAGUGACUCUUCAUACUGAAAGCAACAUCGAUAACCCAACGAGUCAACCACUGGUAACCACGGGAGAUGAUCCAUAUUAUACUGAAGGAUGGCGUAAUCCAGGAUGGCUUGCAGGCGGGAGUCUAUUCUUGGUCACAACCGGUACCUUUGGCAUGAUGAUGAGUUGGGGCACCUUCCAACCCGUGUAUCUUGAAAAAGUGUAUCCAGGUCAAACGGAUGCUUUCCAUAUAGCCUUCGUCGGUACCAUUGGCCAUGCCCUUUCAUCCUCUCUUGGAAUCCCCUUGUCGUUGGUCAUCAAUAAGAUUGGCCAUCGCAAUACAUUGGCUAUUGGUGCUGUGUUGUGUCGUCUUGGUCUGUUCCUCGCCAGCAUAGCUACCCAAUUGUGGCAAACAUUCAUAACGCACGGAUUCAUCUUUGGCCUAGGCGCUUCAUUCUGCUUCAGUGCAUCAUUCAUGCUUCCAUCCCAAUGGUUCGUUCGACAAAGAGCGCUUGUAAAUGGGUUGGCGAAUACUGGAGCAGCCGUAGGUGGAUUGUGCUUUUCACCCCUAUCCGAGUACUUGAUGCAGACAUUGGGAUAUCGUAACGCCUUACGUGUAUUGGGUGCCAUCCUCUUUGGCUUGUUCGCCUUGGCCACAGUUCUUGUAAGAGUGCGCUAUCCACCAUCCUCUUCUUCAUCCGAUAAGCAACAACGCGAUAACAACAACUAUGGAUCCAUAUCAACACGUGCAUCAUCAUCACCUCUACUCAGUAUCCCAUUUGCUCUGUCGAUGGCAUUCUCACUCCUCGCUCCCUUUGGGUAUAUUGUUCCUUUCCAUUUCAUGCCUACCUAUGCAAUGGUGGAACUUGGUUGCUCGCCUUCGGUUGCAUCCACGAUGGUGUCUGUGGGAAUGGCUGCCAACAUUGUGUGCCGAAUUGCUCUGGGCUUCAUUGGCGAUCGUUUGGGACAAAUCAAUACGCUCUUCAUCGCCACAUUCGUUUCAGCAAUUUUUACCACGACCAUGUGGCAAAAUGCACAUACAUUGGCGACGUAUGCUGCAUACGUUUUUCUGAUUGGACUGACAUCGGGUGCCUAUUUUGGAUUGAUCCCAUCCGUGUUGGCAAGGAUAGUGGGAAUGAAGCAAUAUCUAUAUAUCAGUGGCUCUAUGGCAUGGAUGUUCAUGGCAAUUGGGACAUUGCUGGGUACCCCUUUCUUUGGAAGAUUGGCAGAGAUCUCAUGGACAUGUGCCAUCCAAUUUGCAGGUGCAACGUCCCUUGCAGCUGCUGCAUGUAUGUUCGCUAUUCGUUUCUUGCUGGAUAAGAGACUUCUCAGCAAGCUUUAA